GAAAAUCUUUACUACAUAUUAAGGCUCCAAAGGUAGCCUGCCGUUCUGCCGUCCAGUGAUCUCGACCGUCCGUUCGGCCGUCCAUGGAUCGUCCCCGUCCAUGGACCUCGUGCCGCCCCCACAGCCAACCCCUGCUCCAACUGCGAUCCCCACGCCGCUCUCCCCCUUCACCCACCAGCCCCCCAAAUCUCACGGGCUCACGACGAUAGACCCGCCCUCUGUGCCACAAAGGAGCUCCUCUCCAUCCCAUCUCCAACGUCGCCCCAACCCCCAUCACCGACAGGGAACCCACCUCUCACGUCGACACCGCCAGAGGAGGAGAUGGUGGAGAUACGGGCGUUGCGAUCCGAGGCAGCACGCUAGAGCGACGAGAGCGUGGCGACGUGGAGAUCAUGGGAGUCCUGCGCAGCGUCGCGGCGAGGCGCCCGUCGGGGAGGCAGCGGGCACGGAGAGAGCGGAGAGUGACGGCGACAACGGGUCCCGCCUGUCGCGCGAACCAGGGAAAUAUCUACAUCUCGUCUGCGCCGCCGCUGGGAUUUAUUAGGGUUCUACUUCUAGCCCAGGCCAACUCCACACCAAUCCAAUCCUGGGGCGGGCGACUGCCUCCUUCCCUCGAUUUGACGUGCGCUUCCUCUUCCUCGCUCGCUCUCGGUCGCAGUCACAGGCCCACAACACAAGCAACUUUCUUAUUACUGUCGGGGUUCCGAAGCCAACAAAAGGACGCAUCAUUCCAACUAACUUUCAGAGCAGCGCAGCGUGUCUUGCUUUGUUGGUGCCUUGCAAACCGCAGGUGCUGUGCUACAAUUGCAGAAAUAAGGUGUAGUGUAUGAGAAGUAGAGAACCAAUGCUCUUUUAUAGCCCUCAAUAGAUAUCAGUUUCUUUCUUUUCUUUGAUUUACACGCACACUUUCCCAGCUACUGUUUGCUUGUUUGGUAUAGCAGGAAGUAUCUUUGAUAUAUAAAAAUGAGAAAUAGGCCAAGGAGUAUGCUAUCACGAUGAGCCGCCCAGAUAUAUAUAUCGUGUGCCUCCGUCACAUCGUGCUAGCUGGUUCUUUUCUUCAUGAGGCAUAUAGGGUAUUUAUUCAAAUGCCCGCAAAGGGAGGGCAGUGCACUGAGUGCAUCGGGAGGGCUCAUAGUUCUUCUUUGACUGCAAGGGAUAGGCAGCAGGUCUUCUUCAGCCUCUUUUCAAUUCUCCCUUUCUGAUGGAAGCUGGCGUGCCGGAAGGUGCCGAGCAGGUACAUGUCUCAGCUGAAGAAUCCGAAGACUGCCAAGAAAGGCGAGGAGACCACGGUGGCCAAGAGCGAGAAGCGGGGGCAAGAAUCUAAGACGAAUGCCAAGAAGAAAAUCUUAGGACGCUCACGGAAGUGUGCCCAUGCCGAACCUGAUGGGGAGAACCGAAACGGUUGCAGCAGCACUGAUGCAGACGAGAACUCACUUGCAGAAACUGCUGCCUCCGAUCAGGAGAGGAAGGUGGUGCUGCAGGAAUUGAGAAUCGAGGUGGAUACAUCACGAGCUGACAAUUCCAAUGACAACAAGGAGAAUCUGUCGAGUGCUCCGAGUGAUGAAGAAGCAUUGAACAAUUCACAUUCUGAAAAUGAAAACAGACAGUUGGAGAACAAUGAGAACGUUCCUCUGAACGAGAAUGUUGCUCUGAAGGUGGCUAAACUGCAGAGCAAAGUGCAUCAAGAGCAACCAGGAAAGCUCAAGAAAACUACCAACCCUAGGCCAUUCAGGCUAAGGACUGAUGAAAGAGGAGUGCUUAAAGAAGCAAAACCAGAGAAAAGGCAGCCGUUCACUGAGAAUAAUUCCACGGCAGUACUCAAGGAUGCAAACAGAGGAGUGACGAAGAAACGAAGCACCCAGAUUGUAACGGCUCAGCAGCUCGAUGAGUCCAGCUCCAGGCCGGCCGUCAACAGCAUCCAAUGCAGAGCUGUGAAACCGGAGAGGGUUUCUAGGGUUGCAUCAUCAACACGAAGAGCCAAAACAGCAAGUGACCUUAUGGCACCUUCUUCCCGGACUGGGAAGAAGAGGAAGGCGGCUACGGUGAAGCUGUCGAGGAUCCAAACACCAGCUGCUUGAGCUCGGGCAGAUCAAGGAGGAAAUGAGAAACUGCCGACAACGGUUUUUGUUGUCUGCUCCAGCGACGAGUUCUGUAUUUAUUACUGCGUCGAAUUCGUUUUCCGGAUUAGGUGGAUUUAUGUACACUGAUCAUUUCUUUCUGCGAGUCGUGUGGUGGAACCCCUCUGCUUUGUUAAUGUACCGCCACCGACCAGAUUUUUUCUUCUUCUGUAGAAUGAUUCAGAAUUUGAUUAUUUUUCUGUAACUUAAUUGAACUGGGGAAAGGAGGCCCGGCCCAACCCAACCCAUGAAACAUUUCAAUUUUAGCUGUGUACUAGGAUCCAUUUCAUCUUGCUACCAUGUGUUGUUGCCCUUGAUAGAUAUCAGAAAUAGGGUGUAGUGUAUGAGAAGUAGAGAACCGAUGCUCUUUUAUAGCCCUCAAUAGAUAUCAGUUUCUUUCUUUUCUUUGAUUUACACGCACACUUUCCCAGCCACUGUUUGCUUGUUUGGUAUAGCAGGAAGUAUCUUUGAUAUAUAAAAAUGAGAAAUAGGCCAAGGAGUAUGCUAUCACGAUGAGCCGCCCAGAUAUAUAUAUAUCGUGUGCCUCCGUCACAUCGUGCUAGCUGGUUCUUUUCUUCAUGAGGCAUAUAGGGUAUUUAUUCAAAUGCCCGCAAAGGGAGGGCAGUGCACUGAGUGCAUCGGGAGGGCUUAUAGCUAUUUAAAACCAAAGGUCUCUGGUUCAUUGACACUAAUGUGCAUUUCAACAGUUCUUCUUUGACUGCAAGGGAUAGGCAGCAGGUUCGCUGGGCUGCAACUGGUGUUCUCCUUCACGUCGUUGCGCGUGACGAGGGUUGGCGAGGCGAGGAAGCGUGCUCUUGAUCCCGAGUUUAAAGAGGGCGGGCAACAUAAUUGGUAAGCGAGAUCGCUGCUUCUGUUGCUUUUAUCUCUAUGCCUAGACGACUAGACCUAAUUUAUAAAGAGUGAUAUGGAAUACUUGUUUUCAGUUUGGGGUAUGAAGGUAUGGUAAUUUUCUAACACAUGGAAACUAUGUCUGAAGUUCCUUGAUUUUUUAUAGGUUGAUGAAUGAGGAGGUUCUGCAAACUGAAGAAUUUUUGAAAUUUUGUACUUAUUGUCUACAUUGUUAGCUCUCUAUAGUUUUUAUUGCUUACAACUUUUAGCUAUGUAGAGACUUCAGUUCCAGUUAUUUAGUAGAAUAAUGAGUUGAUUUGGUGGGAUAGAAUUUAUCUUUGAGUAAAUUUUUUUGUGAGCUCAGAGUAUCUGGUGGGAGUUUUGUUUGAUUAUUUUCUAUAUCGAGUAGUGAUUUUAUAUUUUUUUGUCAGAGGAGAUACCAAGGGCUUCAUAUGCAUUGUGCAGCCAUAAAAUUACUAGAUGAGCUAACUUUUUAUAAGUGGAAGGAUGAUGACCCUCAAUUUGAAUUCAACUGUCUUUCUUGUGUUAAGGAGAUAUCAUGCCCACUGUCUAAUAAAAUAUGUUUUGUAUGCCUUUCUAUACAGUGAUGUAGUUAAUAUUUUUGCCAGCAUGCCUACUUUCUUUAGUUCAGGAGCUAUGCCAUUGAUUGUUACAUUAUGCUCACUUUUAUUCAUAGGUUGCUAGAAUACAGAAAAUAAUAAACAACAAACAGUUUCUGUUUUGAUGUAAGAUUAUCCUCCACCCAUAUUUACCCAUUCUUCUUAGAUUUAGAGUCAUUUUUCUGAAAAUAAAAGCUCUUGGUCUGGAUGUCAUGUUGAUUGUGGAGCAAGUCUACCGGUGACGAUGGAGAUAGAAAGAGGGAAAUUAAAUAUAUGUUACUUGCAAUUGAUUACCAAUCAAGAAGUUAAACCUAAAUUCACUUUUCCUAUACCAAGCCUUAUUCAUAGGCGCGACGCCAUGCCGUGAGCCAUUGCUGGUAGACUUGGUCCCACUCCCACAUGACAGUGGAUGUAAAUAAGUUGCAACCAUUGUGCCUGUUUUUAUGAGCUUUCUAAUUCUUAAAAUAUUGACAUUAUUGCUUAGCUAGAUAUUUUGGAUUUCAGAAAGUUUCCUUUCGAAUCUUUCUAAUGCAGGUGCAAUCCACUCUUAUUGGCAGGAAGCAAGUUUUGUCAAAUAGCGGUAUUGCAAGUAUCUCGGUUGUGUUGAUAGCAUUAGUCAUCAGAGGGAUAGAUAGGUGUUUAGAUUCAAAAGAGUCAACUCUUGUUACUGCUCUUAUUGAUGGUGUUAUCUGACAUUAUGCUUGCUAUAAUGGAGAUACAUGGUCAUCUGAGCUCGACAUUCUUUGUAAAGCUAAGCCACAAAUUAUCACAACAUUCAAGGUGUUGUUAAGUCUUUUUUAUGAUUGCACAAAUCAUUAGCAAACAUAUAAUUUUUCACUAUUUCCUUUUGAUUUGUUCAGAGUGCGGAAGGCUACCAUUGGUGGUGUAACCAUAGAUGGGCUUCUUGUAGCAGCAGCUGGAUUCUUGAUUGGGCUUGCAUUUGUGCUGAUAAGAUUUUUCACCACUCAAUGUGCUCCUGAUGUAUUCUGGAACCAGCUGCUAGCUAUACCCUUGGCACAGCUGCCGCCCUAUGUAGAAGUUUGAUCGAUUCCUUCUUGAGCGCAACAGUUCAGUAUAGUGGGUUCUACAGUGUUCGCAAAAAGGUGGUGGGAGUAGAUGGUCCAAUAUUAACCUUUAAAAUUGUAAAGCCAACAAAGUUCAAUAUUUAAAAUAACUCGAUGUGUCCAGGGUUUGCAAGACAAGAUUAAGCAGCUCUAAGAUUAAGAUAGUUGCCAUCGAUCUUGCCACAAUUUUUACUUGAGCUGAGCAGAUAACAAGCGGCUUGGGGUAUUGAUAUUUAUUUUUCUGUCUUGUUUAAUCUGUUUGUUCAAUUAAUUUCAAAACAGUUAGUGCUUCAGAAUCUCAUAACAGAUUCUGAAUACUUCCUUUGUCAAAGCUUUCACUUGUCUGAAGGUAAUCAUUCUUUGAUUAUGCACUAAUCUUAUAUGUGUUUCUGCAUUGCAUUCAUUUACCAAAUCUGUAAGAUGCAUUCUACCAUUUCAUGAUGUCCCUUAUUUACAUGUGUAAAAUGAUCCACAUCAAUAAAAAUCACCCCUUCGUAUUAUGAAGCAAAUAACAAGCUUACAUGCUAUUACUGAUAUACUUCCUGUUCUUACAGCCAGGGUCUCUUGGCCUACGCGUAGACAGACUCCAGGAAGAUGUCGAUCUUCUGCUUCUCCAUCACCGUCGUUAUCAUGCAGCCUGCUGGAAUGCCACAGCGGGACAGGAGCAUGGGGAUGAGCAGGCGCAAGAUGACUGCAAGUGGCGCCGGAUCCCGACGUUCGGCGACUGGAACCUGCGGGACGACAUGCCCGUCACCCAAUACUUGCAAGCAGGGACUUCUUCAUCGUUGUGCCGCCGGCAGAGAAGGACGACGACGAGGAUCUGUUCAAGGUGCCCCAGUGUUCCUGCCAAGCCCUACAACUACAAGAAGGUGAAACAAAACAGGACGCUUAGUUUCUCUCGCCAAUUAAUUACACUCAGGGAAAAAAGUUUUCUUCCACCAGCUCUGAAGAUAGUAUCAGUUAGCACUGUUUCAUAUUUCCGUUCCAUAUCUCCAUUUCCAUAUACAUUAUACCCAGUCGACACUGUUUCAUAAAUCCUUGAAAUUUCUUUUUGUGUGAAUUUUCUGUGGUUAAACACCGAGCAUGCAUGCAAUAAAUAUAAUUACCAAUAUAUUUAUUUUAUGGUUCACAUUCUAGAUUGUAUAGGAUGGAAAUUACAGAAGAAAUAUAAAUUGAAUAACAAAAGGUUACAUGAGGUGGCCAAGUAAACAUCAUUGGUUAUUUACUUGGGAGGAGUUCCUUAUGACGAGUCAAGUUUUCAUGGUUGAGUGUGGCUGGUUUUUGAAUCUCACAGGUGAAAUAUGUGGUCGAAGUAGUAAGUAUGUUCAACAUCUUUACUACUCCUUAAGACCCUACCGUAGGCAUCCAAAAUGAUUUUGGUGCACGGUUCUGCCAAGUUCGCGCCGCGGAUCCCCCACCCUCUUCCCCUCUGCUCGCCAUGCUCCCGCACAUCGUGCCGCCCCGUCGUCCCACCCACUGUGAUUUCCUUACCUAUUACAAAAAUUACAAUGUUUUGUUUUUAACCCAUUUCUUCCAUUUGCCGGUCGUCCGUAGGACAGAGGUGGGGAGGCUUCCAAGCAUACUAAUUAUCCGCAGCGUGAUGAAUCAUAGUUGAGUUGCAUGCCAUGUGUAGUAAUUCUACAUCUAUGAGAUGUCUUUCUAACUGAUGUCUCGUGCCUUUCUAAAUAGGCUCAAGUCACCUGUUUCUAUUUGGUUUUGGUUUCAUGUGUCCCCCAAAUAACUAUGAUUUCCUUGAAUACAUAGAACAGAACUCAUCUUUGUGUUGUAUUUUUAUGGCGUUGGCACAGGCUAUAUAAAUUCAAGUAGGAAUGCAGGAUGGGGUGCAUUCAACUCAUGCAGGUGGCAGGUUAAUGGAAGUGGCCAAUUCUGUGGCGUGGCUGAGAUGAUUGGACCUGUCGAUUUCGACAGAAGUGUUGAUUACUGGCAGCAGGAUAAGUGGAGUGGCCAGUUCCCUGUGAAGUGGCACAUAAUUAAGGAUGUACCGAACAAUCUUCUGCGGCACAUCAUUCUUGAGAACAAUGACAAUAAACCUGUCACAAAUAGCAGGGACACACAGGAGGUUCAAUUAGGUUGGCAUGAUGCUGGUACCUAUGACAAGAACAUUAUCGAGUGGCCCAAGUGCAGUGGCGCUAAUGGUAGCUUGAGAUUCAAAGUCGAGUUGAAGCAUGGGGCCAAUGCUGAUCUUGUGAAUGCUAUGAAGCUGAUCCCGCCUUCAACGACGUCCGAACCCCAUCCGCGAUCCAUGUCUGCCGCGCCAUCCUCGCCCUUCCAUCUCAGCGCCCCCAUUCGUGCUUGAAGGAAGGCCCAUUCGUGUUGGAACGAAUCCUCGCUCAAAAUCCAUGCGCAUCCGAUGAGGAUCCAGAGCUGCCCUGCUGCCCUUCCAUCCUCUUUGUCCCUUUCCAUCGUCGGCGAUCCACUUCUAUCGGCGGCGCCCCCUUCUAGCCCCUUCCAUAGUUGUGCUUAGGUACUUCUCUCUAUUUGUGAAAUCUAGGGUUCUUAGUGUACGAUUGUCAAUAUCUCUAUAAAAGAAUAGAUUAGUGUACGAUUGUCGAUAUAUUGUUUGUUUUCAUGUAAUUGUUGUGCACUCGCGUUUUAUUAAUAAUUUGUGAGUCGUCGCAACGCACAGA